AUGCACAAUUGGCGCCAAAUCAGCACCAUUCUUUGGUCAUAUCAUUACGGAAAGUGGGUUAAACUUGUACAGAAAGUUCAUACAGGUCACAUGGGAAUUACGAAAACACUUGAACGUGCUAAAGAUUCAAUAUUCUGGCCAGGCAUGUCCAAGCAAAUUAAAGAAUAUGUAAGCAAAUGUAGCAUAUGUCUAACAUACCGCGACGCAAACACAAAAGAACCGCUUAUGACUACAGAAUUCCCCAAAAGACCUUACCAAAAAAUAGCAGCAGACCUGUUCCAUUUUCAAGGUAAAGAGUAUCUACUGACGAUAGAUUAUUAUUCAAGAUUUUUUGAAAUAGACCAUUUACAAAACACAACAUCAAAAACAGUCAUUCUGAAACUUCAGAAACAAAUGUCGAGACUGUCAAUACCUGAAGUCUUUGUCUCAGACAAUGGUACUCAAUUUUCAAGCUCCGAAUUCAAAGAAUUUGCUAAAGAGUGGGGUUUCGAGCACAGAACUUCAUCCCCCGGAUACCCCCAGUCGAACGGUCUUGCGGAAAAGGGCGUAGAUAUCGCCAAAAAAACUAAUGCAAAAGGCUAA